AUGAGUAAUGAGAAUUUGCAAAAACAUCUGUAUCAUAAGCCUGAAGAUAUGGAGUCACCAUCAUCUUUGCCUGCUUUCCAAAAUUGUAUAAAUGUAUGGAUGGAAAAAAUGAACAAAGGAAUACUAUCAUGCAGCCAUUUCAAUGAACAUUGGAAAGUCUGGGUUCCAAAGAUAUAUAGUCCAGAACCAAAUAGCAAUUGUUUAGAUUGGGUUUUUGAUGAGGAAACAGCACAAAAAGUGCUUUUUAAUACUUUAGAAGAAUUUAUUUGUAAUGGAGAUCCAAAGGUUGUACUAAAAGAACUAAGUCAAAUGGAUAAUGUGAUAUGUGGUAAAGUGUUCAAAAUGGGCGAGGCUACAUAUAGUUGCAGAGAAUGUGGUGUGGAUUCAACAUGUGUCUUGUGUGCAGAUUGUUUUAAGCAGUCAGCUCAUCGUAAUCAUAAGUAUAGAAUGGGCACCUCUAGUGGUGGAGGAUUUUGUGAUUGUGGAGAUAUAGAAGCUUGGAAAAGAGAACCAUUUUGUAAUACGCAUUUAGCUGGAAUACAAGCUAAAGAAUCUCAUGGAAAUAAAUUACCUGGAGAUAUAGCAGAAAGAGCAGUAAUAACUUUUGAGGCGGUAUUAAGAUAUUGUCAUACAAUGUUAUCUUUAGAACAUACACUUGGGUUACCUCCUGAUUUGUGCUUGAAUAAUACAGAGGAUGAUGAUCCUUUGUCACUAGCUACAGAAAAUUAUUGUACAGUUCUUUUUAAUGAUGAGACCCAUACAUUUGAUCAAGUAAUUAAUACACUUAUGCGUGUUAUGAAUUGCUCACAAAGAGAUGCAUUAGAGUUUGUAACAAAUGUUGAUAGAGAUGGCAGAGCUGUUGUAAGAUGCGCUGACUUUCAACAAUGUAAAGAAUUACAGAAUGAUAUCGAAAAAUUUCGAGCACUAAAAGUACUUGUAGUUCAUUCUCAUGUAAUUGCUCAUCAGAUAUUUGCCAUGAAACUUUUACAUUGGUUACAACAAUUUAUAAAUCCCUGUGAAGGUUUCAGGGUACUUUUCAGUAAUGUUUCACUCAAUACAAAAUUGCCAGUUAUUUCCAUUGUAGAAGGUAUACUUAUGAAAGAUUCACAGUUGUGGAAAUCUGCUAGAACAGCAUGGCACAGAUUAUUAAUGUCUGGAAUGCUCAUGGAAUAUGAAAGUAAAAGAGCUUUAGCAAAUGUUUUUACAUAUAAUUAUGGUUCUAUUAUGAAAGAUUAUAUAAGAGAUGAUCAUGAUCAUUCAUUUUCUAUUGUUUCAUUUUCUGUGCAAUUAUUUACUGUUCCAACAUUAGCACAUCAUCUUAUUGCACAUCAUGAUGUAUUGUUCAUUUUAUUAAACACAUUUAUUUCGGAAAGUACACGAAGAUGUAAUGCAGCAGGAAAAUUGGAAUUUGAAAGAGAUACUCCUAAUACUUCAUUUAAAAGAGCUCUAUAUAUGCUCCAAGAUUUACGAUAUUUACUAAGCUCCAAACCAACUGUUUGGACUGACGAAUUAAGAAAAAGUUUUUUACAAGGACUUUCACUUUUGCUCACAUUACUUAGUAGUAUGCAAUGCAUGGAUUCUGUAGUAAGACAAGUUGGCCAACAUAUGGAAUAUGAACCUGAAUGGGAAUCUGCUUUUAAUUUACAUAUUAGACUAUCUCCAGUUAUUAGUCUUGCAUUACAAUGGUGUGGUUCAGAUCAAAUAGUUUUAAUAAAAGCUUUUCGGUUAGUUUUAAGAAAAUUAUAUGAACAGCCAGGACAUGAGAUUGGUCCACCUCAAGUGAGAGAAUUAGCAGAUCAUAGUGCAACAUGUCUUCAAUAUGAUGUAUCAUCUGAACCAGUAUCUAUACAUCUUCCACUUUCCAGAUUUUUAGCAGGUCUUUUUCCAUAUCUUGAAAUGCAUGAUUUACAUUUCCAAUGUGCAGAAUUUAUCAAUCAUACAAAGCCAACAUUAGAACAGAUCAUAGAACCAGUAUUAGCAACUCAAGUAAUGAUCGCACAAGUACAUAGUGGUAUGUGGAAAAGAAAUGGAUAUUCUUUGUUAAAUCAGUUAUAUUUUUAUCACAAUGUUAAAUGCCGUUCGGAAAUGUUAGACAGAGAUAUUAUUUUGCUUCAAGCUGGAGCAUCUUUAAUAGAAAGUAACGAAUUUUUAAUCCAUGUUUUAAAUAAAUUUAAUCUUCUACAAUGGGCAAGUUCGGAUUUUGAUGUGAAUGCUAUCAAAUAUCUUGAAGAUGAGAGUAUCAGACAGACUUUAGUUGAAGAAUUUCUAGGAUUACUUAUAACAAUAAUAGGAGAAAGAUAUAUACUUGGAGUUGGACAAGUUACUCCUGAUGAUAUCCUGAAAAAAGAAAUUAUUCAACAAUUAUGUAUCAAAUCUCUUUCUCAUUCAGAGCUCAGUAAAACAUUAUCAGAAGAUACAUAUUUGGAAACUGAAAUGGAAAGAGUAAUACAAGAUAUUGCAAAUUUUAAAAAGCCUUCACAAGUAUCAGGAGGGAAAGGAGUAUAUGAAUUAAAACCUCAUUUAUAUUCGGAAUAUAAUGUAUUCUUUUAUCAUUAUACAAAAGAGGAAGUAAGUAAUUCUGAAGAAACACAACGAAAACGAAGAAAAGCUCUAGGUGAAUUAGAAUGUUGUCCACCUCCUAAACUUCCUAAAUUAACAGAAGUAUUUAGUUUGGUAACUAAUUUAUUGCAAUGUGAUGUUAUGUUACAUAUUAUGCAAAUUGUACUGGAAAGAGCACUUAAUUGUAGACCUCGCAGAUUUUCAGAAUCACAAGUACAUAAAAUUUUACACCUUAUUGGAUAUGCCCUCCAAGAACAAGAAUCUGGUUAUUAUCCCUUUUUUGCUUUUACAACAAGAGCUGCAAAAUGGAAAAUUUAUAAGUUAUUAGAAGAUUUAUCUAGUAGCCCACGUAUAGAAGCACAUAAAGAUUUAUUAACAUGGACUUUAACAAAAUACAGAGAAGUUGCUGGUAAUACCCCGAUGGAAGUUAGUACACCUACUGCACCACGUACAGAGAAUGUAGCAACUGAAAAUGUUGAAACUGAUAAAGAAUGGAGGACAAAAAUGGCAGCAGAAAAACGUGCAAGAAUAAUGGCACAAAUGGCUGCUAUGCAAAAACAUUUUAUGAAAAAGAAUGCUGAAUUAUUUGAAGAAGCUGCUUUAGAUAUAAAUAAAUCUAAUGACCAAGACUCUAGUAUGAAUUCAAAAAAAUGUCCUCAAAAAAUGCCUGUUGCUGUUGGUAUUGGACAAACAUCCAGAAUAUCUGGUGAAGAAACUUAUAAAACUUGUAUUUUGUGCCAGGAAGAUCAAAUUGUAACAGCAGCUGGUCCAGCAAUGGUGUUAGCUGCAUUUGUUCAACAAUCCACAGUUCUUUGUCAAUACAGGGCUAAUACUGAUGAACCUGAUCCAUUAUAUCUUUCAGCAAAGCUUGGUGCAUCACCGCACACUGGAACUUGUGGUCAUGUAAUGCAUGUUCAUUGUUGGCAAGAAUAUUUUAACAACGUUCUUGCAAAAGAGAAUAGAAGACCAUUCCGUUUACGACAACCGGCAAGUUUUGAUGUGGAAAAACAUGAAUAUCUUUGCCCACUUUGUGAAUGUCUCAGUAAUACUGUCUUACCUCUUUUACCACCUCUGAAAACAUUGCAACCAACUCCUCAGAAUCAACCUGAACUUGAUUUUGGUACAUGGUUGGAGGCUUUAAGAAUUACAAUGCAAGUUAGAUGUGGAUUAAGUGGAAAUUUACAUGAAACAAAAUCUAUUAAAGAUGAACAUGAUCCGACAUGUCGGUAUUGCAUAAUGCCACAUCCAUGUCAUAUACAAGCUAUUCGUAAUGAACUUGGAAAUGUUGCAAAUAUAUUUGAGUCAAAUUAUAGCCAACUUGGUCCAUCCAUUUCAGAAAAUUUAAUAUCUACAAUUCAACUUUUUGCACAAGCAACAUACACAAAAGAAUUUGGCACUGAACCUGAUGAAGAUGAUGAUAGAGUGCCACUAUUGGCAUGGAAAUCAACAGCAUAUAGUAUUCAUGCUAUAGAAUUUCUUUUACGUGAUAUGGAUAAACCUUUAUUAGGUGCUUUGUCAUCCAGACAAAGAGAUAGUUUAGAAGGACUUGCAAGGAUUUCAGCGGUUUUAGGAUCUAAAUGUCAACUACGUUCUCGUAUAAAAGUGACAUGGACAGAUAGAGAUAUUAUUCAAAAUAAUGCACUCUCUCUUUUAACAUUAUUGUUAAAAAAUCCACAUGAAGGGCCAAGUAUUCUAGAUUGGGAUCCAUUUGGAUUGCUUAUUCCUUUAAUUAAUUCAUUUCCUAGUCUCUUUUGUACAAAUUUUAAGACUGUACCAUCAAUCAUUACAGGCGGAAUAUUUGAAUUUUAUGCCUUGCAACUUAUAUUUAUAGCUCUAGUAGUAAAAAUACUAUUGACAUCAGAUUUUAAUGAAGAAAUGGAUGUAGAUAAUCCGGAGACAACAGAAGAUACAUUUUCAGAAUCUAUCUUAACAUUGGUUCAAGUUUUAAACAUUAAUAUUGGCACACAAACUGCUGCUAAUAUAUGGAGACGAAUCACAAAAGCUACUUUGCCUUUUCUGAGAUGUUGUGCUCUCUAUUUUCAUUAUAUAUCUGAUGUUCCAGCACCAGAAGAACUAACUAAAAUAGAUGGAGCGACAUACGAAAAUAUCUGUGCAUAUUUGGGAUUACCAACAACAUGUGAUGAAUUAGUAAAGCCAAAUUUAGAUAUAAUUAUAAAAUUAAUAGAUAUUUGGAAAAGUCAUCCCACUGUUCAAAUGCAUCUAUCUGGUGCUAGUACAAUCACAAUAAAAGAACCUUUGAAAGUUAAUAAAUUAGUGGAGCUUCCAGAAGAUUAUAGUGAAUUGAUAAAUAUGAUAUCGUCGUUUACGUGUCCAAAUAGCGUCCGGGAAGAUUCCAAAACUCCGACGCUGUGCCUAGUAUGUGGUGAAAUGUUAUGUUCUCAAAGUUAUUGUUGCCAAUUUGAACUGAAUGAUGCGCUGGUUGGUGCGUGCACAUAUCACGCAAAUAAAUGUGGAGCUGGAGUAGGAUUAUUCUUACGAAUACGAGAAUGUGAAAUUCUUUUUUUAAGAAUAUCGAAUCGAGGAUCUUUUGCUUGUCCACCUUAUCUAGACGAAUAUGGAGAAACAGAUCAAGGUUUACGAAGAGGAAAUCCAUUACGAUUAUGUCAUGACAAAUACAGGCAAUUGAAUCAAAUAUGGUUAGGGCAUGGGCUAUAUGAAUCCAUAUCAAGGGCUAUUGAGUCUUCAAGUAGUCCUAUGUCAACCCGAUGGCAUCAUCUAUAA